AUGCUGAUGCCCAUUUGGACUCCCCCGACCCCACCGUUGAGCGACGGGGACAUCGACCCUUACAUGGAGUCUGGAUUUGCGUUCAUGUACGAGCCUUUUCCGUUGGAUGAAAGCGAACUGCCAUCUCAGUUUGAAGAUGAACCUGAAUUAGAGACGCAGCCUCCUCUAAAGCCAAAUCAGGCGGAACCGGUAGUUAACAUCGUUUCCACCACUCCCACUGACACAGUAAACAGUGCUGUCGAACCGUUAUUGAUUCCAGUUACAACGCCUCCCAGACCUUCCAGUAAAGAAACGGUGGUGACCAGCAACCGCAGCCCAUCUGCGCGCUUUACAAAGUCGUAUCGUCAGAAGUCUGUUACGGAGGUGAAGGGGCGCCGCGACAGUCGUCGUCCUGUCAGCCCAUUGGAACAGAAAUCAAGUGAUUUUCCUGAGUGGAAUACCGUUGAAGACUUAGCCUUGUUAUCUAUCAUCAUGGACUCUCAACGCCUGCCGUAUAGCAUUGUGACGUCAUCUGCUUCGUCUUCGAAUUGCGUCCAUACGCCAAACUGGGAUUUCGUCUCCGAAUGGGUUUCAGCAUCUUGUGGUCAUUAUCGAUCACCUCGACAAUGCAGUCAGCGCUACCAGCACGUAAUUCUACCACGCGAAGAUACCCGUCUCACGUUGUCCUCUUCAACGAUGCACGACUCUGUGGGGAGCAAAGCUCGUCCAUCGAAUGGUCACGAUUCAGCGCGGUUCAAAAAAGGUCGUUUACGAACGCAGCAACAGCUACUGCAGGACGGUGGCAAGAUCUUCUCCGUCUUAGCCAACCGACGUAUUGACCUCUUUAGCAAUGCUGCGGAAUUAAGACGUGUGGAUUGCAGACGUCCAAGAUUUGGUAUCGUAAAUGCCGUAAAUUCCAGUAAGUCAGCGGACAAGCAUGCGCAGUUCUUGGCAGGUUUCGGCGUGAAUCACGACAGCACGCUGACACCCGCGCGAUUGGCGGAGUUACGCGAGGAACGCCUCAGGGAACGUCAGAAGAUGCAACUGCACCAACAGCAAAACCAGUAUUCUUCCAGAACAGUGUGCCAAGCGGCAGACGUGAUGACCACUGGCUACGACAGAGCGUCGGUGACAAGUAUUGAAUUGCAGCAGCAGAAUGCACAAACAAACCAAGGCAGGACGUUGCCUUCCGCUCGUUCCUUUCUUACCGUACAGUCCGGACCAAUGGCAACGGCUUCCGGUCACGUGGUAUCUGGGAGCAACAGCGGUUUUCAGCAGCGACUGUCAUCGACUUCGAUGUCAUCUGUUUCCGGCAAUUCCAGUACCAGUGGGCGAUUGGUAGGUGCACAGCUGUUAUCUCCUGGCGGAGGUAGUCUUCCAGUUCCUGGCUACUAUCGACCGCUAAUUCCUCAAAGCCCGUUAGUGAAAACCAGUCAGCGACUGUCAGGAACUGCUGCGCUAGCUUCUCCGUCUAUCCUUACGUCGACUUCGUCGUUGCAAUUCAGCGCUACGGGACCGUCGCGAAUUUCACUUGCAGUUGACCCGGGGCUCGUAUCGAGCGGGUCGUCAUCUGCAGAUUCAGCCAUGCUCGGAGCCGUGGUCGUUCAGUCGUCCGUCCAAUCGCCGGAUUUUGCUUCUUUGACCAAGCAACACCAGCCGACUGCUCGUUAUCAGACAAGUCAGUUCAGGCAAAAGUUGCCGAUUUCCCAUACAGGAGCCCCAGCCGUCGUAAGCAAACCACCAUCUAUCAGCCAAGUGCAUGUGAUUAAUCCGCAACCCGUGAGGUUUUCUGCUGGUCAGACGUACGGUGCUAUGCACUCUUUCAAACAAACUGGCACUUCUCAGACGAUAAUCGCACAACAGUUAAUAAACAGGACGUCAUCACCUGUGUCGUCGCAAAGGCAGAGCCUUAAGUCUAUACCUUCCAUCGGUAUGAUUAUGUCGGCCCCUGCGCUCGUCCCUCGUACCGAAAGCAUCGCCAGUGCCGACCCUGUCUCAUCUGUGUCAACUUCUGCGCAACAGACACAAAGCCGCUGA